AUGAACAUUGAGAAACUAUUCCGACCGACCAGAGACAUCCUCGAACAGUUCGUCCUACGCAAUCAACCAUUUGUAUUAACAGGCAUCGUCGAUGGCUGGGCGUGCUUCAACAAAUGGAAUACACCGGCCUAUCUUGUCGACAAGAUAGGUGAACGAGAGAUACCAGUACGUGAAAUAGGAUAUGAUGUAGGUGAAUGGCUGGGCAAGACUUCAAACAUAAAGUUCUCAACGUUUGUCGACAGCUGGAACAUUGCAAAGAAGACAGGUGCUGAACCAACGUAUUAUUUGGCCAGCUUACCAAUCAACAAGUACUUCCCCGAGCUCGAGACGGAUUAUGUCGUGCCAGAGAUACCUCGGGAACAGGGCAAGUCUGCCAACCUAUGGAUAGGCGUCAAGGGCCAGGUGACACCGUUGCACCACGAUUGGUCAACGGGCGAUCCCGGCAUGGAUGGCCUGCACGCCAUCGUCAGCGGCAAGAAACUAUUCAGGCUGUACGACCCUGUCGAGAACAACCUGUUCAUCAGGAGGAAGCCUCAUUGGGGCUUGUUCCACCAUGCGCAGGUGGACAUUGACAAGCCCGAUCUGGACAGGUUCCCCGAGUUUGCCAACGCGCGAUCAAUUGACGUUGUCCUGGAGCAAGGCGAGAUGCUCUUCAUCCCCAAACUAUGGUGGCACUAUGUCCGCACACUGGAACCUUCGAUUAGCGUCAACUUUUGGUUCCAGCACAUGGGCAGUGAGAGACUCAAGUGUGGACGACUGUGGCCGGUGAUGGAGCAGUACUUGGAGGCCGUCAAGGGUAUCCAGGCGACAGAGGAGAAGAUGACAUCACUGUUGAUGUACUUUGGUGAGGGCUACUCGCAAAAGAGGAAGCCCAAGCCAGAGGAGGUGCGAUCAUACAUGGACAAUCCACUGAAGUUGUUACAGCUGCCCAAGUUUAUCAAUUCAUUCGCCAAUGCCACCAACAAUCCACAGUUCAAGCAUAUGGAGGAGUCUGCGCUCUUUGCCAAGGAGAUUACGUCCAGAGUGAGGCAAUGGGUAGAUCACAGGAACAACAACAUCAAUAAUACUGUACAUAAUAGCGCCACAACAACGACGACGCCGACGACGACUACGACAACAACUUCAUAA